CCAGGAAACGCCUAAGACAUAAGAUCACUUUCUCACCAAAACAUCGAAUAUAUCACCAAUGUCGUGACGUCAGCAGCGAAACAGUUUUCUGGAUUGCCCAUGGCAACAAGGAAAUGCCGACAUCAAAUUUCAUUGACAGACAUUCGAAGACAACAAAAAAACGAAAUUGUCACCGAUAUCGUGACGUCAGCAGCCAACAAGAGAAAACCGCAUAUUACUAUCCAUUACGGACAUGGCAGAAGCUGCCCCGAUACCAGAAUACAGAUGCUUGAUUUGUACGACACCUUACAAAGAUCCGAGGAAGCUGCCCUGUGGUCAUACCUUCUGCUACCGAUGUCUGACGUCAUACAUCGAAGCGGAACACGUCACAGCAGACGAGGAUCGGCACUACUUCCCGUGUCCGGUCUGCGAUGCACCGAGUGCUCCUAGUGACGUCAGUGCGGAUGUAAGUACAUGGGCGGAAUGUUUCCCUAUAAAUAAUUUGUACCUUAACCCUAUAACAGCAGAGACGUCUGAUGUUCAUCUCUGUGCACCAUGUCAACGAGGCAAAGAAUCAAAUCGAGCCGAGGUCUGGUGUACAGACUGUGGUGAAAAGCUCUGCAAACAAUGCAGAAUAUAUCAUGAGCGGAGCAAGCCAUCAUCAAACCAUCGGCUUGUCUCCGUUUCCACUACUGUCGGAGGAAUCUGCGAUGUUAUGGUCAACGAAAUCUGCCCCAGUCACGAUGGAAAGCAGUUGGAUGUCUAUUGUGUAGACCACAGUGUCAUGUGUUGUGGUGUCUGUGUGUCGGUGUCACACAGGCACUGUAACAAUGUUAAACCAAUAGAGGAUUUGGUCAGGAAGACCAAGGCCGGACAACACACCAGGGAGACAGAAUGGAAGGAGCUGAGAGAGGAAACUAAGAAGAUGCUAGACGAUGACGAUUUGGGGGUGACCCUGCUUACCUCCACAGAAAAGGAAGUGUCGGCGGAAAUGACGAACAGGAUACAGCAAGCUAAAGAUAAGCUUGAUAACCUCAACGCAACAUACCAGUCAGACCUCGCGGAUAAGUGCAAAGCACUCAGGAAAAAGAUAUCUGCUCGACGGAUGUGUGUCAACACAUUCCACACCAAUGCGGAAAAUUCACAUCUAUUGAUGUCACAUUUAGAUCAACAGAUAUCAGAACGUCAUAAGUUUUUCAUAAGAGAACAAUCAAAAAAUCAAAUAUCAGGACAUUACCGUCGUAUGGAUCAAAACACAAAGAAACAACCGAAUAGAUUUGACAUCACACUUAAGUUAGGAACAAUAAUUGACGAAAUCAUGAAAAUGACAACCUUGGGGAAUGUUGACGUGACCUCGACAAUAUCAGCUGUAUCUCAGAACGCGAAUGUAUGUAUAGGCACAAUGAUUGAGACCUUGCUUUCGACACCUUCAGCUUCAACAUUAGCAGACUCGACUUCGACCUCCGACCUCACGGGUUCACUGCAGUAUUUGACCGUAAAGGCAGCGGUUGAUGUAUGGACCGGAUCGGUAUCUUGUGUAAAGACAGUAGACGAAAGUACACUAGGAGAGUCAGUUACACCUUUGUUGACGGGAGGUAUCUUUACUGACAACAAUGAAUUACUUAUGACAGAUUACAACAACAGAAGACUCCUACUGUUUGAUGACACGUAUUCCUACGUGAGAGAAUUUAACAUUAAUGGACAUCCAACAGAUAUAGUACGUGGACGUGCUGAGGAUGAGGUGUUUGUGGCUGUAAACGACAAUGAAAUACUUAAGUAUCAACUAAGGAAUGGUCAGCUAACCUUGAUCAACAAGAUCAGCUGUCCACAAGGAACAUGGGGUAUAUCAGUUCUCGGGGACAACAUCCUGGUCGGUACGGAUGGUAGUGUGAAGGUUAUGACAGAUGGGAAGGUGACCAAGUCAAUAAAGAAACGUGGAGGUAACACAUACAUUACCACAUCUCCUUCUAGUGCCACCGUGUAUCACAGAGAUAACAAUGACGUAGUGUGUAGACGACUGGACAGACACGCAGAGGUCUACAGGUACAGAGAUCCUGGUCUGAAAGACCCUAUAGGUAUUGGACUGGACCGGGAUGACAAUGUAUAUGUAUGUGGAAAUCAUUCUGGAAAUGUUCACCUUGUUUCACCUGACGGGUCACGUGGGAGGGUACUGGUGUCCAAGCUAUCUGCUAUCAAUAAGCCGUGGUGUGUAGUAGUCCAUCCAACCAAACAGGAGUUCGUGGUCACUUCUUUCCAGGAGUCCACGUCACUCGAGGUGUACAGAUUUAAUAGCAAAUAAGUACAAAUGUAAUCCAAUGAGAAAUUUUGAUAUGAUAUUAGACAAAUAUUUAAGAACAAACCAGGAAUCAAUAGUCACUUCACUUGUCUACGUCUCUCUAGGUAAACAGAAUUACUGAUUAUGAACUAUUGUUGUGAGACAAAAUCAUUUAAACAUUAGGAAAACAUUUUAGAGCAAAGUAAAUCCAUGCAGGAUCUCACACAAGUAGAGAUAUCAAAACAGUUACGAUUUCAUAUGAUGUCGUAUGGAGUUUGAAAUAGUUAAAUAUUUAAUGUGUCCUAUUAUUAUCAAACACAUGCAUGAAGAAUUCCACAUUUUGUGAUUAUUUAACCAUGAACAAAUCAAAGGAUGAUGCCGUCAAAUCUGCCUUUGGUAGGAAUUUCUGACGUCAUGGUAUAUUUCUUGUGACGUCAUGAUGGAUGGCAUUUCACAUGUAACGCUACAUAUCAGCGAGUACGAAGCUAAAUAUUUGUUGUUUAUUUUGUCGCCACAAUCAUAGUAUAUCCUAGCACAGGACCAAUAAUACCAAAAUGAGAAAAAAAUAGUUAUUCAAAUCAAAAUCGUUGUAACUAUUGUAGUAGAUAUGAUUUCGUUGUGAAAGAUUAGGACAACUCUUCUAUUUGUGCUCACUUUCAGUUUAUUCAAUAAGUGUAUGGCAAGUGUUGUGAAACCAAAACAACAAGUACAAAACACAUUUUACAGUCAUAGAUAUACAUUUACAAAUGCAAGGGAAAUAACCCUUACACGAUUACAAUUACAACUUUUACGAAAUACAACUAAACUCAAAAUUUGACUUUGGAGUCCAUAUAUUUGACCUUGGACGAGUCAAGGGUCAUGGCUGUGGAGUGAAGAAGUUGAGUAGUGUCUCCUGUGUAUUUUUGUCGAUAAUACAUCAAAAACUGUCCGGAAAUACCUAAAGUCCUGCAUACGCAUGCAUUUUUGUAUAGUGACAUAACUUUAAAUGUCAAACCUUUGAAAAAAGGAGCUGAUAGUGACCUUUGUAGUCGAUUUAUUUACCACCUGUUACGUAAACACCCCACCGGAUACGCAGGUGUACACGUGGAAAUAGACAUACAGGUACAGGUGCGCGUGCAGCGUGAAUCUUAUAUGGUCCGAACACUGAGUACAUAUUGUACAUUCUCAAACUUAUAUAUUUGUCACUUAUUGACAGUUUGUGUCCAGAUGUCUUCACAUCUAACUACUGAUAUGGAAUAGUCCGUUACUGACAUGAAUACAUGUACUGGUUUCAGUAAUAUUGCCACGUGCUUCGCUAAAUUACACGUGCAGUUAACUUCCAUUAGCACAGAUGUGCUUGUCCUGGAUAAAGUAUCCAAUCUACAAUAGUUCGCAAAUAACACAAAUGAGCACAUGAGUGAAUUACAUGAGUCAACUCUACCAAAUUUUGAACAAAAAUUACAGACAAGGUAACCGAGGAGGAGCACGAACGACUUAACCUGUAUAUAUGGUACCGGAAGUGGAAUUUUGUGAUUCGAGGAGUCGCCAGUACACUACAGAAGAAACCCAGAGUCACUGAAAUUAAAGUACGGGACUUUGGUAUUCAAAAGCUAAAAAGUCGAAGGAAAACGCAGCGUGCAUGCUUUUUACUGCAGUGCACCGUCUCCCAGGUUGCAGUGAGGGUAAAAACAACGUCAUCACCCGACUAAGUAGUCUCCUGUACAGGGAUGUGGUGAUGGAGGCAGCUUUCACCCUCGCUUCCGGUUCCGGAUAUAGUGUGGUGCAGGACUUGCCCCAUCGGCGAGCAAACGUCGAAGCGAACUACUGAAGGCUCGGAGGGACAUGACACCAUCAGAACGCUCAAAAUACAAACUUGUUCACAAAAAAGAUUAUCCAUUUGUUGAACUUGUAACAAAAAAUGAUCUACGUCAGGAACAAAAAAUAGGUUGUGAAUUUUGUAAUUGUUAUAUUUCGUGUGUAUUUUGAUCGAGAUGAAGUGCGGUAAUUAAAAGGAAACAACAACAUGUUUUUUCUUAGUAAAACACAGAGUCGAGUGGAAAUCGAUGAAGUUUUUUAAUUUGUAAUUGUAGAAACAGUGAUCUUGUUAAAACUGUUAAUAUUUUUUUGUGGGUCUGAAAAUUAUGAUUAUUGUUGCUUUUUGUAUAACAAAACACCAUGACUUUUAUUUUUCGAUGAAUGCAUAAUGCAAAUGUUUGUUUAGAGUUGUCGUCCCUUGCACUUGAAGCGAGUGGCAAGGGCGGCAGCUCGGGUUGGGGAUCGGUAUCAUGGGUAACUGCAAGUAAACCGCAAUCGUUCUUGAAAUGGUGCAGAAUUGGAAGCGGAAAGUGCGGUUUUAGUUUGUAUGUUUUAUGUUUUAAUACCUCAA